AUGUCUGAGAUGGGAGUCAAGAAAGAAACAGAACUAAAAAUCUUAGCAAAGGAUUUUGCUGCGAAUGGAAUAUCAGCUGCUGGAAUAUCAUACAUUGUCACUGAACAGUCAACGAUUCGUCGAGCUAUGUGGUUUGUCGGUGUCAUGGGAACCAUGGCUUUUAUGGGAUACAUGACAAUCAAUGUGAUUUUGGAAUAUCUCAGCUAUCCAAAAGUGCUCAUAAAAGAGGAUGCCAUAAGAUAUAAACUACCAUUCCCGGCUGUGACAAUUUGCUCUUUGAAUCCGAUAUCCAGCCACCAUGUCUCUGAAACAUCUCUGAGAAAACUUUUGCGUCUGAAAGAAAUGAUGCAAGAAGCUACGGCGGAGCAGUUUAACAGAAAUGAGCGCGACCAAUGCUAUGUAAAUCCUCUAUGCAAGUGGUCGUGGUUCCAAGAACGGUGCUAUUGCGUCCAAAACCCUUGCCUCACAGAAUUCUGCCUGGCCGAGAACAGUUCACAUUGCUCUUGUUCAACAUUCUUUUGCAACAGUCCUAUUAAAAGAGUAAAAGGCUGUGAAAUGAAGCCCAUGUCAUCGACACCUUUCAUGAGCGAAACGUGCUUGUGUAAAGGUACAUCAACACAAGAUUCUUGGGAUAGUAAUUGGCCUCAUGACGAUUCUCAGGGCUUACUAGACACUAUCGAAGAUAAGGAAGUGAAGGAGAUUAUUCGGCUUAUUAAACACUCUAAGACUUAUGAUUUGGUCGAUGUAGAAGAAGCUCUAAUGCCAUCUACGUACGAGCUCUACCAAUUCGGGGUCACCUUCGACAGUUUGGUAGCCGCCUGUACUUUUGAAGGAGUGCAUUGUUAUAGAGAGAAUUUUACGGUUCUUUACCAUCCCAACUAUGGUAAAUGCUAUAUGUUUAAUUAUGUUGGGAAUAAUGUUUCGGAUAUCGAAUCACCAAUUGAAAUAGACAGAUAUGGAAGCACAAGUGGUCUGCAGCUCCUGCUUCGAGUAAGUGACAACAACGAUCUGGACCUCCUCCGGCGUGAAGUGGGCGCUCGCAUUGUCGUCCACGACCCCCACAUGCUUCCCUUUGUGUCUGAGUAUGGGGUCAACGUACGACCGAGGGACAUGACAGCAGUGGAACUCUCUCUCUCCAAUAUAACGAGAUUGGGGAAGCCUUGGGGCACCUGCGAAGAAGGGACAAGUAGUCAAGAUACCGAUAAGAACGUCGAUCCUUACUCCAUAUUGGCUUGCGAAAAACACUGUGGCUAUAAGCAUCUGAUAAAGAACUGUAACUGUACAAUGAGACAUUUCCUACGUGGAACAGUUCUGAAUACAAUGGCGCCCGGUAUUCGAUUUUGUAACCUCAGCAAUAAAAAAGAAAGGGAUUGUGUGAAAAAAAUUUCAGCCGACGUUGAAAGCAAGCUAGAAUGUGACUGCAAGCCACCUUGCAGGGAGACAAUUUACAGUUACACUGUUACUUCAAGUGAGCUGAAUGAAAAUUAUUAUAGGACUGUUAAAGCGAUUCGAACCCUAAAGCUCGAUUCUGAAGGCAAAAAGAAAUAUGUGAAUUAUUCAGAUGAGUAA